AUGCCGGGCUCAACUUCUAGAUUAGGAGUGGUGGCUGCUAAGCAAGCCAACCGCGAUUCCACCUACGGCUCGAACCCCGAAGUGAAGCAGUCUGAGGUUACCGAGCGAAGCACUCUGAACCGCAAACAUCUGGCAACAGGCCCUUCAGACCAAGGAAAAGGGACAACAAACAUUGAAGGUCUCCCUCCAUCCCGGUAUCUGUCUGCAAAGAGAUACGCCCGUACAUGGGAGUGGCUUAAUGAUCUGCCAGUCCGCCGAACCUGCCAAAUUCCCCUGGUUCUCUACUAUCCCAGUACCCAAGAAACAUUCGCCAUGACUGAUACUAGCUCGACUAUCACGGCUCAGACGGCCAAGACCGGAAUUCACCAUCAAUCUUACCGUGCCCUAUUACAGAGCAAUGGCAUCAAGAUGCUCGACGCCUAUGACGAGCCCCCUCAACAUGUUCAGGCUCUACUUGCAGACGUGCUGCCGGUUGAGCCUAUUGCAAUUACCGGACGUAUCGAGACUGUCGAAGAAAGAAAUAUGGUCAUCAGGGGAUCCGAUGAAGAACAAGUGAAGCGCUUGUUUCAGUCUCUGAUGACGGAACAAAUGGAUUCAUGCUGUAUAUUGAUGGUGGAUGACCAGUUGCUCGACCCCCUACGCGUGCCCAACAAACUCGGUCGGCAUAGAAUCGUCAGCCCCGAACCCAAUACUUAUCUGGGAUACUGGCCCGGACUUUUCGAAAAGAGGCUUCAUGACUUGCUUAUACACACUGACGCAAACAUGGCCUCGUUUGGAUUCCUGGUUGUAGAGGUCACAGGCGAUGGUGAAACAGGUUCGGAUGGCCUUUGGGUAGCGACCAACAAAUGCAUGGGUGCGGCAUCGACCUUUCUCAAUAUUAUGAAGACGCUACAAUCUGCUCUACUCGAGAAAGACCUUGUCAACGAGGCCAACGCCUUGCAGCCUGUGGUUUUUAGCAUUGCGAGCAAUGGUACUGAAACUAGACUGUUUGCGACAUAUGCAGAACAGGAGUAUUUCACUAUGUACUUUGUUAAUGGCUUUCUGCUGUACGACGCGACAAGCAGAGCAACUCUACACUCCUACAUCCAGCACAUCGUCGACUGGGGUGCGAACAAGCGUCUGCAGACGAUCAAAUCUGCACUCCAAGCCCUUUACGACUCCGGUGUUCGUAUCCCAGCUCCACCCAUAAUGUCUGGCAACGAAGAGAACUACGAUCCCGAAGGCAGCGAGGCAAGCGAGUCUGAUCUUGAAAUGCCCGAUUCUCCCAUUGAUCGUCCCCACGCGGGCAGGGGUGAAGCCUGA